AUGUCAUCGAGGUUCUUUCACGGAGGAGAUAGUGACAGUGAAAGUAGCUCGUCUGAAGAGGAAGAGCUCUAUGGUGUUGAAGGAAAGGCCGAAGAUUCAGAAGAGGAAGAAUCAUCCGAGGAAGAAUCAGAUUCCGAAGAGGAGUCGUCUUCUGAUGAUGAAGGUGGACCGAUUGGAGCAAGCCGCUUCAUGAAAGAUGUCGCCAGCAGCGAUGAGUCCGACGAUGAAGAUAAACACACAAUCGUCAAGAGUGCCAAGGACAAGAGGUUAGAGGAGCUUGAGGGCACAGUACGCUUGAUCGAAAAUAAAGAGAAGAUUAAUGAUUGGGCAGUGAUCUCAACGGAGUUUGACAAAAUGAAUCGCCAAGUCAUCAAGAUCGUUCAAUCUGGCACCAUUCCGAAACUCUACGUGAAGACCAUCUCCGACUUGGAGGACACCAUCAACGAGACGAUUGCCAAGCAAAAAACUACAGCCUUGAAGAUGAACGCCAGUAACACCAAGGGAUUCAACGCAAUGAAGCAGAAGAUCAAGAAGAAUAACAAGGACUAUGCGACCGAAGUAGACAAAUACCGGGCUGACAAGGAAGCAUACAUGGAAAGCGACGAGGAGGAAGAGGCUGUGCCUGUGGAGAAGGUGCGCAGGAACCGAGUGCAGCGGAUCGACGAGCUGGAUGCUCAAAUCGACGAAGAGGGCUUCGCUACUGUAGGACGAGGCGGUCGCACGCUGCAAUAUACUCCGGAGAGUAUUCUGAAACACCUUCGAACCAUAAUCGAGUCCCGGGGUAAGAAGAACACUGAUCGUGGAGAACAGAUUAGGAUUAUGGAGAAACUGCUCGAAGUUGCCACCACACCAUAUCAGAAGAUCCGUGUGCUUUUGACCCUGAUAUCCACCAGAUUUGAUCUGACUUCCACCUCGACCCAAACCUAUAUGUCCCAAGAACAAUGGCGAUCAGCCGAGCGCGAAUUCAGUACCCUUCUCCAGAUACUGGAGGCAUCAUCGACAUACGUCGUGACUGAGAACGCCGACGAGUGGGACGAUGACGAGAAGGCGCCACAGCCAGCUCCGAAUGAGGUCUUCAAGAUUCCGGGAAGCAUUGUAUCAUCCAUAGAGCGACUCGACGACGAAUUGACUCGAUCCCUCCAGCAGACAGACCCUCACACUGCUGAGUACAUUGACCGACUAGGUGAUGAGCAGCUGUUGUAUAACGAUAUUGUCCGGUCUCUGAUUUAUAUCGAGAAUCUGAAGAAGAUGGAGAAUGUCGAGACACCUCCAGAGAGUGCCAACAGAAUCGUCAUGCGGAGAUUGGAGCACAUCUACUUCAAGCCAACUCAGGUCGUCACCACUUUGGAGGAGAACACUUGGAAAGCCUUGCCUGAGAGAUUACAAUCGGAGAUCACGCCCAGAGGCGCUGUGAAGGAUGCCGCUCCUCUUGUGCAAACACUAUGCAACUUUCUUUUUCAGCACAGUGAAGGCAUCCUCCGAGCUCGUGCUAUGCUCUGUCAGAUAUACUUCCUUGCCCUUCAAGAUGACUACUGGCGGGCUCGCGAUCUUGCGUUGAUGAGUCAUUUGACGGAGAACAUCUCAACAUUUGAUAUCAGCACUCAGAUACUGUUCAACCGAACUCUGGUUCAGAUCGGGCUGUGUGCUUUCCGAGCAGGUCUCUGCUACGAAGCACAAGGUGUUCUUCAAGAAAUCUGUGGCUCUGGUCGACAAAAAGAGCUCCUCGCCCAAGGUGUCGUUAUGCAGCGUUACUCACAAGUCACACCAGAACAAGAACGUCUCGAGCGACAACGCCAACUCCCAUUCCAUAUGCACAUCAACCUCGAGCUCUUGGAAUGUGUCUAUCUGACCUGCAGCAUGCUGCUUGAAAUCCCUCUCUUGGCGCAAACAGGCUCAUCGCCAGAUAUCCGCAAGAGAAUCAUCUCCAAAACCUUCCGCCGCAUGCUAGAAUACACCGAACGACAAGUAUUCCAAGGUCCACCAGAGAACACAAGAGAUCACGUUAUGCAAGCUUCGAAGGCACUAGCGAACGGUGAGUGGCGAAAAUGCAGCGAGCUGAUCUCCAAAAUCGCCAUCUGGGAUCUACUAGGCAAAGACAAAGAGAACGUCAAGACCAUGCUAGCCGCGCAAAUCCAGGAAGAAGGUCUCCGCACCUACCUCUUUACCUACGCUCCCUACUACGACACCCUCUCCCUAACCACUUUAUCCGGCAUGUUCGACCUGUCCGUCAAGAAGAUCGCCGCCAUCAUCUCGAAGAUGAUCUCGCAUGAAGAGCUUGGCGCAGCGCUGGACCAGGUCAAUGACGCUAUCGUCUUCCGUAAGGGGGUUGAGCUGUCGAGGUUACAGAGUCAGAUCGUCACGUUGAGCGAGAAGGCGAUGGGCAUCCUCGAGAGUAACGAGAAGGUGCUUGAGACCCGGACUUCUGGCAUGGCUAAUGCGUUCGUGAGGAAUGAGCAGAGGGGAGAUAGAGCGGGGAGGGGUGGGAGGGGUGGUGGAAGAGGCGGGAUGAGAGGCGGGAUUGGGGGACAGGCAGGUGCGGCGAGGAGGCCCGGUGGUCAGCAGUUUGGCGGUGGUGCGUUGGGUGGCGCGAUCAAGGCGUGA